AUGGACGAUGUGAUUAUUCUGUCAGAUGACGAAGAGCCGGUAAAAAAUGCGGCCGCCACUGUUCAUAUCGGCGAGGUUCGAAGGCUGAAUCUCAACGAUCUCGGAAUUACGAGCAAUGUGAGAUUUGGCAUGCCAAAAGUGCUGCAGACGCGGGCUUUAUCAAUGCACCAGAACGCGACAAAUGGCAAUCGUAAUAAACCAUUGCCAUCGGCGCCGAGAAAACGGUCAUCGACGACAAAUUUGGAGAAUAUUCGACCACCGAAGCAAAGGCUAGACAAUUACGAAGAAAUUGUCGAUAAACGCAUCGAGGAAUACAUUUUCGAGGCAUUUUAUGAGACGACUCGACCGCAGAGAAGAUCGACGAGAUUUAGCACCAAGAAGAAAGUCGACGGCAAAUUUGUGUGUACAUUCAAUACACGUAAAUGUGUGAAAGUGAGCGAGGACAUCGUCACAUUCAUCAACCAUUUAUGGGCUCACGUGAAUCACGAUAUUCCGGGCGUCGUGCUCGCCGGCACCGAACAGAACAUGCUCAUGCAAAACUGCGAUCCUGCGAUUCUAACCACAGCGAAUGAGAACAAUUUGAAGAAGCUGCGAACUUGUCAAUAUUGCUCGCUGAGCUUCCGAACGGUUCACCAGCGGACGGUGCAUGAGAACGCGGUUCAUGUGCACACGAACUCGCCGACGGUUUGCUACAUUUGCGAGAAAAAUUUCGACUCAGUGGCGAUAUUCCGAAGUCACAUGUACGAGCACAACUCGAAAGAAGCUCCGUACAGUUGUAAGCAGUGUCGCUAUCGCACGUCGAUUCGCAGUUUCCUUUUUGAGCAUUAUCUCGACAAUCACACGAAAGAAACGAUUCUGUGUCCGAUUUGCCUUUGGCAAUGCGAUCUGCCGACAUCUGUGCGGGCCAACAAAUUUGUCAAUGUCAACUCGUACGUUACACAUAUGAGGCAGCAUGCUCGUCCCAAUGGGGCUAAUCAUUGUAAUAUGUGUGCAUUGAACUUUUUGUCGCCGGAAGAGCUUUGCCAUCAUCGGAAUUCUGAUCAUAAUGAUAUUCCGUCAAAUUGGACGGUUAAGACUAGAAGACUUGACGAAGGUCCGUCGAAGACGCGAACCUCGUUGUCGGCGAAAAUCACCGCCCUCCAGAAGCAGUUUUUCACGACGAAAGAAGGACAACGGAUUGCCGAUGAGGUGUCUUGUAGCAGUAUGAUGGAACGCGGCGGAUACGACACCUCGUCGACGGGAAAUGUCUUGUAUCAGUGCAAAUGUGGCAAACUCAACUCAUAUAAUGGGAAUCGAGCCGCUUCGCAUUUUCAUCGAUGCCGCAGUCAUAUUUAUGAUAUUCAGAAGGACGUUCAAAAGCAUCACGAUUCGGAUUGCGACGAUGAGCAGGAUGAGAUCAAGCUGUUCAAUGUCUAUCCGCCAUUCUCGGAUAUUGAGCUUUUCCGAAUUAGAAAAAAGAAGAAGAAUAAUGAGGAAGUUGAUGAAGGAGGCGAACUUCGUCUUCGGGAGACGGUUCUUCCGGAAAUUUCCGAUUUGCCGACAAUAAGAUUGACUUCUUACAAGCUUGACAAGAAAAUGGAGGAGAGAAUCGCCGAGAUUUUGAAGAAAGUUGCCGAUUAG